GGGCCCUUCGAGGAGCCGCCUGCGUGGGUGGCACUUUGGGAUCUCCCUCUCGAACAACAUGGUGGGCACCGCUGUGGAAGCUGUGGAGGAGCUGCUGCCCAUCUACCAAAGCCCCCAGGAGUAGCACUGCUGGUGACAGCUUUCACCAUGGGGGACAUGAAGACCCCAGACUUUGAUGACCUCCUGGCUGCUUUUGACAUCCCAGACCCCACCAGCCUCGAUGCCAAGGAGACCAUUCCCUCGGCUGGGGAGGAGAAUGAGAGCCACCUGAAGGCCUCGGGGAUCUGCAUGGAUGAGAACGUGUCCCUGUCCCACUCCCUGCCUCCCCCUGAUGCCCCCGUGGUGAGUGUGAUUGUGAAGAACACCAGUCGCCAGGAGUCCUUCGAGGCCGACAAGGAGGGCAACCACCUGGGGCCUGCGCUGCUCCACAACGGCUUCCGUGGCCCUGACCUGCCGCCCGAGGCUCACGCUCUGGUGCACUCCUAUGGCAAGUUUGAGCCAGCUUUCAUCAACGGUGACAGCUCCAGGUGCUACUCGGAGAAACUGGAGCAGGCCAAGGCAGAGCCUUUGCCCACCUUCAGUCAGUUCAGUCCCAUCUCCAGCCCGGAGCCCGAGGACACGUUCAAAGAGAACAGCGUUGGGGACAAACCCAAACAUGCCCAGACUCCCUACUUCCCUCCACCUUCUGUGUACAUAGCCACAGGAGCUUCGGUGCUGGAUCAGCUGAGGAAGGUCCCAGAGCCUGAGCUGAGCAUGUUUGACCAUUACUGCAAGAAGGAGCAGAAGGUGGAGCUCCCCUGCCAGCCCGGGCGCAGGCUGGAAGCCGGCCGGGGGGAGCAAGACCGAGUAGUGGAGAGGUUUGUGGAGUCAGGCAAGGACUUGGUAGAUACCAGCAGCUUUCUUGGAGAAGGCUUGGUGUUUGGAGAGCGCCCUCACAACAGCCUGGGGGACAGCAAGGGCUCUGCUCCUGAGCUGAACGUGGCCCUGGCGAUGCCGCCGCGCCAGCGCUUGAAGCCCACUCAUUCCAAGCUCUCCUCCUGCGUGGCAGCCUUGGUGGCUCUCCAGGCCAAGAAGGUCGCCUGUGUUCCCAAAGGUGACCAGCCAAGCCCUGCCAAGGACCCUGGGCCUUUCAAAGAUGGGACAAAGGGAAGUCCAAAAAUGCCCAAGUCACCAAAGAGCCCCAGGAGCCCCUUAGAGGUGGUGAGGAAGGCCAGCAAGCAGCCCGAGAGCCCUCACAGCGUCUGCAGUGACAGUAGCGGGAAGGGCUCUCCCUCCAUGGCCGCUGGCUCGCCGCCAGCCAUCCCCAAAGUCAGGAUAAAGACCAUCAAGACGUCUUCUGGUGAAAUCAAAAGGACAGUGACCAGAAUUUUGCCAGAAAACGACGAGCUGGGCAAAUCCUCCGAAGAGUCCCCUGCAGAGACCUCCUCCGCUGAGGAGUUCAGCAAGUCCUUCCCAUCUCCUGACACCAGCGUGGCGAUGGAGGGCGAGGCCGGCCGGGGCUCAGCCAAGAGCGGGGCUGCCGUGGCCAUCCAGCUGCCCGGCAUGGUGAGCCCCUGCCCAGAUGGGCUGAGAGCAGACCUGGCUGACACCAGCACCUGCACCGUGGCCCUGUCCCCCCUGCCCAGCUGUGGCAGUGGUGGCAGCGGUGCCAUCAGAGUGGGCGUCAAGAGGCAGCAGCAGCAGGGUGCGGGGUCACAGUCCUUGGGUGCCACCAGCUCCAGCCUGCUGCCCAAAGCUGUGCACUUGGCCAACCUCAACCUGGUCCCACACAGCGUGGCCGCCUCGGUGACGGCCAAGUCGGGGGCGCCGCGGCGCGGGCAGUCCCAGGUGCCACAGAUGUCGGUGCCACUGGUGCACCAGGUGAAGAAAGCCGCCCCGGUGGCCGUGGAAGCCUUCAGCAGAGUCCUGCACGGCGCCAACCCGGUGCCAGUGUACAGCCCGGACCUCAGCCCACCGCCGGGUGCCAGCAUCAGCCUGCCCGCCGCGGGCUACUGCUGCCUGGAGUGCGGGGACGCCUUUGCCCUGGAGAGCAGCCUGGCACAGCACUACAGCCGCCGCAGCGUGCACAUCGAGGUGCUCUGCACACAGUGCUCCUCCACGCUGCUUUUCUUCAACAGGUGCAGCCUGCUCAAGCAUGCCCGCGAUCACAAGAGCAAGGGCCUUGUCAUGCAGUGCUCCCAGCUGCUGCUCAGACCCAUUUCCGCAGACCAAAUGUUCUCCCCUUCCUCUACCAGCUCCUCGGCCCCCCUGGCUGCUCAGACUCUGCCCUCGGCCUCUCCUCCGAGCACCGGGGCAGGAGCUGCUGGCGCUGCCCAGCCGGCCCUGCCCCUCUACCCCGACCCGCUGCGGCUGGUCCGCCACGUGCUGAAGUGCUUGGAGUGCAACAAGCAGGCCCAGGAUUCUGCAGCUUUGGCAGCUCAUUACCAGAGGACCUCAGAAGAUAGCGAGAGGCUGACGUGCCAGGUGUGCCAGAUGGUGCUGCCCAACCCCUGCAGUUUCUGUGCCCACCAGCGGAUCCAUGCCCACAAGUCUCCCUUCUGCUGCCCCGAGUGUGGUGCCGUCUGCCGCUCUGCCUACCUGCAGCGCCACGUCCGCCACAACUGCCUGCACUACGCCAGGCAGCCUGCGCUCAGGUGCAUCCACUGUGGGGUAGUCUUCAUGACCCUGGCCAUGCUGAAGGUGCACAUCCAGGAGAAGCACUGUGAGGUCUUCCACAAGUGUUCUUUUUGCCCCAUGGCCUUCAAGUCUGCCGACAGCACUGUGGCACACAUGGGCAGCCAGCACCCUGCAGAGCCCCACAGGAAUACUCAGGUGAUCUACAAAUGCUCAUGUGAGACAGUCUUCAACAAGAAGAAGCUGCUCCAAGAGCACUUCCAGCAGAACACCAAGCAGCUGCUGGUGGGGGUGUUCAAGUGCCCUCAGUGCCAGCUGGUCUACAUGCAGAAACAGCAGCUGAUGCAGCACGUGAAGGCUGUCCAUGGAGUCCCCCAGAACCCUGAGGAGCUCUCCAGCUUCCGACAGAGAUCUGAGAAGGCAUCAAGGAACCAGGUUCAGAGCCCACCAAAGGAGCUGUCAGUAGCCAACAGGACUUCCCACUCCUCCCUGCUGAGGAAGGACUUGAGUCUGGAAGGACACAAUUCUGAAGCCAAGUCCAGGCUGAGGAGAACUGGUUGGACUUGCAAAGAAUGCUCCCAGUGGAUCCCUGAUCGGGAGACCUAUGUGUCCCACAUGAAGAGAAACCACGGCAGGGCCAUGAAGCGCUUCCCGUGUCGGCAGUGCGAGUGCUCCUUCAACGCCUCCAACAGCCUGCGCCGCCACAUCCGCAACAACCACGACACAGCCAGGAAGCUCUACACCUGCUGGUACUGCACAGAUGAAAACCAGACAUUUCCUCAGCCCUUCAUGCUGGAGAAUCACAUCAGCCUCAUGCAUGGCAUCAAGGACCCAGACCUGUCCCAGAUGGCCAAAGCAAAAGCUGCAGAGGGAGACCCAGCAGAGGCAAAAUCUCCAAAGAGGACGGCAAGGGAGGAGUCUGGUGAGGCGGAGAGCGGCACGGCCCCGGAGGCGCCGGCGGCCAAGAGACUGAAGGGGCGCUGGAGGUGCGCCAAGUGCGGCUUCGCCACGGCGCUGAGCGCCGAGUUCCGCCGGCACAUCCCCCAGCACCGCGCCGACAGCAGCAGCUCCCAGUGCCCUCUCUGCGGCCUCUGCUACACCUCCCACAGCUCCCUCGGCAGGCACCUCUUCAUCGUGCACAAAGUCAGAGAGGAUGACGAGGAGGAGGAAGAGGAAGAGGAGGAGGAGGAGGCGAGGCUCAAGUUGCAGGGGGAGAGGAGCACGAACGGACAGGAGGGGCACAACGGCGAAGUGAAGGCUGUGGCAGAGGGCAGCCUGCAGUGCCAGGAAUGCAGGAGGGACUCGGCUCUCUGUGGGCACAGGCAGACAUGUGGCACAGAGGGGCCCCAGGGCACCUUGCAGAACAAUCACUCGAAGGCUCUGCAGACUUAACCCCCCCUUUGGCUGGUUGGGGUCUGUUGGGGUUUUCUUGUUGUUGGGAGGUUUUUACUCAAAACGCAGGGGGUGGCUGGGGCUGAUCUUUGAUGUACUGUGGGGGUCCCUCGGGCUGGACGUGGCUUCCCAUUAACCUCUGUUUGCAGGGGAAAUGUCACCCAGACAAACCAAACCAAGCCAACCCUGCCAUUGCAUCUCAAGCACUCACCCUCUGCCAGAGCAGAGAGGGGAAAAGGGAAGGCAGGGCAAGAAUCCUCACUGAAGCCUGGCCCACUCCUGCGGAUCAAGGAGCACUUUCUGCAGCUGCAA